UUAUGGCAUAUUAUGCCAUUUAUUUAAAGAUCUGGUGAUUGAUGAAAAGAAAACAGAAUUCAAUUUAUUAAGUAAUCCUGUUACUGUUACUAAAAUACGUGAAUGAUUGUUUCAUAGUUUGAUAACUGUGUUUUCUUGACCAUUGCUCAUUAGUUUUUCACAAAAAGUAACCAUAGAUUACAUUAUUUAUUAAAUAAUUAUCCAACCCUGCUACUACAAUAACUGUAAACAAAGGAAAUUGAAUGAAACUGCUGCUUCUAUGACAAGCUUUCAUAUUUUUAUGAUUGACAUGUUCUGGAGGAACAUUUUCUGAAUGUGCACCUGGUUCCUAUGAUAGUUAUACCCCUUGACUGGAUCCCUGGACUUGAACUUUAAGAGCAGAUAAGUACUAUUCCAAUAUGACUACUUCUUAUAAUAGGAGAGAAUACAGAAGACAACCAUCCAGCAACUUCACUCAUGUCAGCCCCUGUGUUAAAUAUCUGAUAUUCAUCCUGAAUUUCAUCUUUUGGUUAUUUGGGGGUCUUCUGAUUGGUAUUGGCUUGUAUGCCUUUGUAGACAAAUGGCAAUUGACUGGCUGGGUGAAGCUUGAGAAUGUAUAUGAUGUGAUAUUGAACAUCUCUUUGGUGAUGGUGAUAAUGGGUGGUGUUGUUUUCAUUGUCAGUUUUGCUGGAUGUGUGGGAGCCCUGAGAGAAAACACCUGCUUACUUAAAUUUUAUUCCCUUUGUCUUUUGAUAUUCUUUUUAUUGGAAAUGGGAAUUGCUAUAGUUGGAUUUGUCUUUCCCCACUCAAUGCAGUCUGUUCUAGAAGAAAACUUCACAGACAAAAUCAUACACACUUACAGGGAUGAUCCUGAUUUACAAAAUUUCAUUGACUUUGCACAACAAGAGUUUCGUUGCUGUGGGCUCAGUUCAGAAGGUUAUAUGGAUUGGUCAAAGAAUGAAUACUUCAACUGCACUUCUCCAAGUGUGGAACACUGUGGAGUUCCCUUUUCUUGUUGCAUUAAUCCCACAGACCUCAGUUCUCCACUAGUGAAUAUAAUGUGUGGCUAUGGAGUUCAAACCCUAUCAGUUGCCGAGGCCAGUAAGAAAGUUUGGACGUCAGGCUGCAUAGAAAUCGUGCGUUCUUGGGCAGAAAGGAAUCUCUACACAAUUGCAGGAAUAGCACUAGGAGUGGCUCUCUCUCAAUUAUUCGUGAUUUAUCUUGCCAAAACUCUGGAAGGCCAGAUAGACUUGCAGAAAUCUAGUUUCAAUGAAGGAUUAGAAAGGUGGAUCCAUCAUGAUAGGUGGUUUGAUUAGGAGUAGUAAAAAAUAUAUUCAUCAGCAAAUUGAAUGCCAAAGGAAUGUUUAAACAAACCAUAUACAUUUAAUUAGUUUCAUAAACCAAAUAAUAUGUGAUAUAAAUAAAUUAAAUAUUUUGUAUUGAAAGAGCAAUAGUUAUUUGUUUUAUUAGGCAGAAAACCACAAUGCAGAAGCUAUGAAACGCCAGCCAAGGCAUUGGAUCUUCUUUUCUGCGAUGUGAAACAUAUUUUUUCUCCAAAUUCAUUUUAAUUUCACGCAAAUUCCAAAUUCUCCAUCAUUUUGUGUUCACCCAAAGGCAUUGUCAACAUUGAUUAUCAAUCAAUUUGUUUAGAAUAAUUAUUUGGAGCGUUGCAUAGCAAAAAAAUGUCUGCCUAGGCAGUAAAAGCACCUUUUUGCCUGUUUAAGUGUCCUUAAAAAGCCACUUUCAAUGUAAUUUGGAGAAAAACAUCUUGACUAAUAAUCAUCAAACUGACAUGAAAAUAAAUCAAAUGACGUUUAUAGGUCGCGUGCACGAUGACCGACCCUGGAGGCAAAAUAUUGAAACACAACCUCGCUCUUCUGUGAAUUAUUGAAACACAACCUCACUUUUUAGAGGAAUCAAAAGGUUGAAAUAGUUUUUCACAAUAUUUUGGCAUACGAAUCGUGUUUCUUGCAUUAUUCAUUAAUUCAAGCACAAUGCACAAAAAAUACAGCAAGAGACUAGGGAAUAUGAUUUUUCAGGUAAAUAGUAAUCUCACAUAGUUAUCAUUAUGAAAUGUUGUCAUUCCUUAUGAAGAUUCCUUCUGCCACUUCUGCAAUACAAGCUAACACUGCUAAUACAUUGAAAAUGUCUACAACACACACGAUCGUCAGCAUGUCAGACCAGUUCUCCCGAUUGAUUGCAUGAAUCCAAUCUUCUUGCAUUAUUCUAGAAAUUUCAGGUAUAUUUCUGUUAGCUCCUAUUGCAGAAGGAAUUCCGAUGAGAAAUCAGAGAAAUAACCAAAUUUCAAAAAUGAAAACUAUAUGUGUGACUAUAGUAGGUACUUACUUUUGAAUCAUAAUGUACCAUCCGGAUUCCUUCAUCUUCCGCUGCAGUUUUUGUGCAUUUUACAACAGCACAAUGUGAUGGCAUGAGU